CUGCAGAGAUUGAGCUAGGGAAUGUGGUUUCUUGCGAUUAUGUUCAUCCAAAAAGGAAAGUCACACUGUGUUAGGCAAGCCGCCACAUCAUGGCCUGUCGACACAUUACAGAGACCAUUUUGUCCUGUUGCUGGUGAACUCUGCAGAACUUUUUCAAUCGAGGUAGUGCAGAAAAGAAAAACCAUAUGACAAAUGCUUGGAGAAGGUUAAAGUUAAACCAAUAAUUUUGUGGUUGGAGUGUGUCUCAUGUCAUAACCAAAUGGAGGCCAAGUAGCUGAUAUAUCAAAAGAGGAAGUCAAGUUGUGUAAGAUGAUGAUCAUCUUCUAGUGGGAAGAAGGCCUAAAGAGAGAGCAACAGAAAAAAAAAAGAAAGUAGUGCACGAUUCUUGCUUUGAAGAAAUUAGAAGCAAGAGAGAUGUACCAGGUAGAGUAAUCUGACCAGUUCCAUGACAGCUCCCCUCCCACCUAUGAAACGCCAUGUCUUCCAUCCUCAAAUACCUCAGAAGCCCACGCAGGGUGCCCGGAAGAGAUAAAGAAAGCCACAGUAAAGAACAAGGAGGGGAGGCUAGCUCGCAGAUGCAGACUUGCUGCAUCAAGGAUGGAUGCACUCAUAUUUGCUUACCCAUGCGUUUGCUUGGCUUGGUUGAGUGCCGCAACGGUAAGCGGGAAGCAAGAGCCACCAGCACAAGGAUCUCCCGCUUGAAUUUUGUGAAGUCGACGGCGAAUUCAGUCUUCCCAAACACCCACUUCACCGACCAUGAGUCCCUGCCUUCUCUUCCUGAAGUCUUCUCCAAUUUCAUGGCAAUUUAUCCACAGUAUGGUGAGACACAACAAGUAGACCACUACAGGAACAGUGAAUAUUACCACUUACAUAGCCAUGUCUGCUUUGACUAUUAUGGAUUUAGCCUCUUCUCUCAUGCUCAAAUGCAUUCAUCCCUAUCAUCUUCAUCCACUGAUCCCCUGGUAUCAGGCCUCCUUCAGCCUCCUUUCUUCAACAUCUCCUACAAAUCAGCAAGCUUGAAAUCUCAAGUGCAGUCUAAUGACCAAAACAAUGUCCUGGAAUCUGCAAUUAGGAAAAGAAUUAUGCAUUUCCUCAACAUAUUGGAUGGUGAAUAUAGCAUGGUCUGCACUGCCAACAGAACGACGGCUUUCAGAUUGUUGGCAGAAUCAUACCCUUUCCAGGCCACCAAGGGGCUACUAAGUGUCUAUGAUUACGAAAGCGAGGCCAUGACUGCAAUGACAGAAAGUGCCCAGAGGAAGGGAGCCAAGGUCAUGACAGCUAGCUUUUCUUGGCCUAGCCUCAGGAUUCAUUCUGAUAGAUUGAUGGAGAAGUUGAGAAAGAGGAGAAGGAAAAGAAGAGGACUCUUUGUCUUUCCGCUUCAAUCCAGGAUCACUGGGGCAAGGUAUCCUUAUAUAUGGAUGUCUGUUGCAAAACAAUAUGGUUGGCAAGUAGUUCUUGAUGCAUGCGGAUUGGGGCCAAAGGACCUCGAUACUCUUGGGCUUUCAUUGAUCCAACCAGACUUCAUCAUCUGCUCUUUCUUCAAAGUAUUUGGUGAGAAUCCAUCUGGUUUUGCAGGAUUGUUUGUGAAGAAUUCCAGCAUUGGAUCCUUGGAGUCAUCAACCAUUGCCAGGAGCAUCGGAAUUGUGAGCAUAGUCCCAGCAAGAAAGCUUUCACAGUUAACUGAUGACUACUCAGGCACAGAUAUGGAUGCUCAUUCGUCCAAAAACCAAUUUGAAGAAGAUGACAUAGAGACCAACAGUUCAUUCUCAGGACCAAUACCUGGGCAGAUUUACAGUGGCUCACUUACCAUGGAUAAUAUGGUUGGAGAUAGUGCUUCUGGAGAAAAGCAAAAGCAAGUUAGGAUAUCCGAACAGGGAGAAAGUUCCAAAGUGCAGCAGGAGAAGGAAGAAUCAUCAUAUGGUAUCGGAGAAAUAGAAUGUGAAUAUUCUGAGCAAGCAGAGAAUAUCAAAGCCAACUCUGGAGCAGACCAGGGCUUGGAGUUCUUGUGCAGAGGAUUAGACCAUGCAGAUUCUCUAGGUUUGUUGCUCAUCAGCACCAGAUUGAGAUGCAUCACCAACUGGUUAGUUACUGCUUUGAUGAAACUGCGGCAUCCUCACUCAGAUAGUGUUCAUUCCCUGGUUAGGAUCUAUGGUCCCCGGAUAAAAUUUGACAGGGGACCUGCCUUAGCUUUCAAUGUAUUCGACUGGAAAGGGGAGAAGAUUGAGCCUGUGUUGGUACAAAAGCUUGCAGAUAGAAGCAAUGUUUCUCUCGGUUGUGGUUUCCUAAACAAUAUCUGGUUCUCAAACAAAUACGAAGAUGACAAAAAUAGAGUGCUGGAGAGGAGAGACUGUGAAAGAGCACUUGCACGAAACAAAAACAAGGAAAACAUUGAUAUGGGAAUAACUGUCAUACAUGCUUCCCUUGGUUUCCUUACUAACUUUGAGGAUGCUUACAGGCUUUGGACGUUUGUUGCUAAGUUUCUGGAUGCAGACUUUGUUGAGAAGGAAAGAUGGAGGUAUAUGGCUUUGAAUCAGAAAAUGAUUGAGGUCUAAUAUGAUUUACUUGAAUUUUCUGGAGUUGAUGCUUUCUGGUUGAAUUUCCAUGGGGAACUGAAGAUAUAUAGUUCCCUCUGCUACAUGUUGAUACAAUAGUAUGUUUUGUAUGAAUGAACAGCAUCAACCAUUCAUUCUUUUUACUUUUUAUCGAUUCAAAGCUUGCAAGUGUGAA